CUUCAUGGCACUCCACUCCACAUUCCACAGUACAAACUCAAAGUGCAACCACCUUUUACUAAACACAACGCAAAGCAGCAGCCUCUCAAUCGGCUCACUUGUUCAGUCCAGCCCCGGCCCGCACCGUUUGUCGACCAUGUCCAGCAGCAAACCGGCCGGCCAGGGGGGCGACGAGUACUGGAGCGACGGCGAGACGUCGGCUCUGGUUGAGGCGUGGGGCCAGCUGUACCUCGGCCGCAACCGAGGCCCCGUCCGUGACGCGGGGUGGCGGCAGAUGUGCAGCGCCGUCAACGCCCACCGCGCAGCCGCCGGACACCGCUUCGACCGCAGCAUCGCUCAGUGCCAGUGGCGCAUGUACUUCCUCAAGUCGCGGUACAACGAGGAGCUCGCCAAGGCGCAGCCAACGCCGGGGUGGCGCCACUUUGCCCAGCUUCGAACCUUCCUGGCAGGCCCCGACGACGGCCCGGCUCCCGGUUCCGCCGCCAAGAUGCCGGCGGCUUCCGUCGUCAAGGAGGAGGUGGAAGAAAAGGAGGAGCCGAUGGUGGACGUGGAGGAGGUGGAAGAAAAGGAGGAGGAGGCGAGUGGCGGUGCGAGUGGGUCGGUCGGGAGGAAGACGGUCCCGGCAAAGCGCCACUUCUCCAGCCUCCAGGACAUCCUUGAUCGAUCGGGCGUCCCACCUCUCGGCUUCCCGGUCAAGAUGCGGGCGACUGCAAAGAAGGAGGAGGAGGAGGAGGAGGGGGUUGGGGGAGGAGAGGGGCCAGCGAAGGUGAUGAUGAAGCUGGCGGACGUGUACGAGCGCGUGGAGAUGGAGAGGCUCAACAUCGAGAAGGCGAAGAUGGAGAUGGAGUGGGAGGAGAGAGCUGCGAAGGUGGAGGCCGAGAAUCUGGGACUGGGAGAGAUCCACGACAGCUAACCAACCAACUCAUGGCAAACUGGCGACGGGAUUUAAUCUACCGAGAAGAUGGGAGAACAGAAAACGUUCUGGUGUAUGAAGGGCAGCGCUAGUUGAUUACGUUUAGUUUACUGCUAGCUAGAGUAGUGUUGAAUCUUAGUACGAGUUGUUUUAAUUACGUUUAGUUUUACUGCUGCUGAUAGACAGUGCGAUGUACCGCAUAUGUACCUGGUACUCUAGUUGAUCAGCUAAUAAACUUUUAAGCUAA